AUGUAGCAUAAACUAUACAUUAGUCACGUAUGAAUGAAAAGUUUACAACUUCAACAACAAUAAUUAAUUAAAAAAUUAAAAUUUACAUUAGAUAUAAGUGUAAUCUUUUAAUUUUCCACAUUUAGGUACAAUAAAUAAUCCAACACUGAUAAUAUAAUGGACUAAAAGUUGGGUUUAAAUCAUAAGACACAUCAGUGUAGUAAACAGAAGUCGGCUUGUUCAAUAAUUUUGAUUUGAUUAAAAAAAGUUUUAUACAAUUGUAACAAAAAUGAGUAAUUCAACAAUAUCUGAUCAGUCCUUAAUGGACAAAUCGAUGCGUAGUGUUUUUGUUGGAAACAUUCCUUAUGAAGCUACCGAAGAAAACUUGAAAGACAUAUUUAGUGAAGUUGGACCAGUUCUUUCUUUCAAGUUAGUUUAUGAUCGUGAAACAGGAAAACCAAAGGGCUAUGGUUUUUGCGAAUACAAAGAUCAAGAGACAGCAUUAAGUGCCAUGCGAAAUCUCAAUGGAUAUGAAAUUGGUGGUAGGACACUUAGAGUUGAUAAUGCUUGUACAGAAAAAAGUCGUAUGGAGAUGCAGAGUCUUCUUCAAGGGCAAAACACAGAAAAUCCAUAUGGUGAAGCUGUUCAAGCAGAUAAAGCACCAGAAGCUAUAAGUAAAGCAGUAGCUUCAUUACCCCCUGAACAAAUGUUUGAGUUAAUGAAGCAAAUGAAGCUAUGUGUUCAAAACAAUCCUAAUGAAGCACGACAAAUGCUACUUCAGAAUCCUCAACUCGCAUAUGCUCUUCUUCAAGCUCAAGUUGUAAUGCGAAUUGUUGAUCCCCAUACUGCAGUUAGUAUGCUACAUAAAGCAAAUCCAAUACCCAAUGUUUUAACACCAUCUGAUAAGCCACCAAUCCUUACUGUUCCUCCGCGUAUCGAAGAACCAUGGGCUGCCCCAAGAACUGCACCUAGUAUUAAUCCCCCUGCUCCAAUUUUUGCUGGUCAAGAUGUUGAUCUUCGAAUAGAUCGUCAAAUAGACCCUAGAUUAGCAAGAAUGGAUCAGGAUCUUCGAGGGCCACCACAAACUCAACCAAUGUCUGUUACUGCUCCAGUUAUUCCACCAGUUGUUGACUCUCGAGGAGCUAAUUUUGUUUUGCCAGACAAAUUUUCUACAUCUUCAAGCAGCGUUUUACCUGCGGAUGGAAUUGAAAGUUUUUGCAGAGAUCCAAGGACUGAUAGAUUUGGACGAGAUCCACGUGAUCCACGAGAUCCAAGGAUGCCUAUCGAUCCAAGAAUAAGUAAAAAUACUACUCCUGUAGCACCAAUAGUGCCACCACCUGCGGUCCCAAGACCAGUUAUAGCAUCAACUGUACCACCACCAGUAGUUAAUAAUACUUUGACUGUAGUACCUACAACACCUGGACUUGUUGUUCCACCUAAUGCUGCAACUACAUCUAGACUUAUGGCUGGAAUGUCAUCUGCUGGAAAUAUUCCUAGUGGCGCUUCAGAUCAAGAAAAAGCUGCGUUAAUAAUGCAAGUGUUACAACUCUCAGAUGAACAAAUUGCCAUGUUACCACCGGAACAAAAACAAAGUAUUUUAGUGUUGAAGGAGCAAAUUGCCAAAAGUACACAGCGAUGAAAUUACUGAAAUAAUAAAUUUUUUCAUAAAAAAUAAUGAUAAUUUUUUGUAAUAAAUCAAAUAAUAAAACAACAAUGAAUUGACAAAAUAAAAA